GCUAGUGUUGGGGGCGUCUGUAGCGCUCUUUCCCUGGUCUCCGCAACCCACGCCCCACAGUGAGAGUCGGGCUCACGCCAUCUUUCCCCCAGCCCCGCGCACCCCGCUCCAGCCGAAACACUUUUUCCCUUUCUACACUCUCAACCCACUCCCACCCCGCCCCUAUCCUAGCGUGUCCCGGGCCGCAGCAGCAGAAACCUCAUCUCUACCCCCACAUUCUCCACGCGGGACGCGCAGCAGUGCCUACAAGUGUUCUUAAAGCAGAGGUUAUGAAUAAUACUGCAGCCAGCCCUAUGUCUACUGCCACUUCAAGUAGUGGAAGAAAUACAGGGAAGUCUACAAGCUUUGCCUCAGAAUUGCAGAGUAUGAUGUUUUCUUUGGGUGAUGCUAGGAAGCCUCUUCAUGAAACAGCAGUUUUGGUAGAAGAUGUGGUACACACUCAGUUAAUUAAUCUGUUACAGCAAGCUGCUGAAGUUUCUCAGCUUCGGGGAGCAAGGGUAAUAUCUGCUGAAGAUCUUCUGUUUCUGAUGCGCAAAGAUAAGAAAAAACUUAGAAGACUGCUAAAAUACAUGUUUUUCCGAGACUACAAAUCAAAGAUUGUCAAAGGUAUAGACGAGGAUGACCUUCUUGAAGACAAAUUGAGUGGCAGUAAUAAUGCAAACAAAAGACAAAAAAUUGCUCAAGACUUUCUCAACUCUAUUGACCAGACGGGAGAACUCUUAGCAAUGUUUGAAGAUGAUGAAAUUGAUGAAGUUAAACAAGAAAGAAUGGAGAGAGCAGAAAGACAAACUCGAAUUAUGGAUUCAGCUCAAUAUGCAGAAUUCUGUGAAAGUCGACAAUUAAGUUUCUCAAAAAAAGCCUCCAAAUUUCGAGACUGGUUGGACUGCAGCAGUAUGGAGAUAAAACCCAAUGUCAUUGCUAUGGAAAUUUUAGCAUAUUUAGCGUAUGAAACUGUGGCACAGUUAGUGGAUCUGGCUCUUCUUGUGAGGCAGGACAUGGCAACCAAGGCAGGAGACCCAUUCGGCCACGCCAUUUCGGCAGCCUUCAUCCAGUACCACAGCUCUGCCGAGGGAUCUUGCAUAAAGUCUUACCCUGACUCUCCUGAGAAUACCCCCCCUCCCACACCAACGGCUCCAUCAUCUGGAUCGCAGCACUCAGGGAAAACCACAGCAGCAUCCCUGGGGAAUGGGAGUGCUGGGCAAGACUCAGCUAAAACCAAGCAAAGGAAAAGAAAAAAGAGCACUGCGGCCUGUGGUGUGGAGGCUCACAGCGAUGCCAUCCAGCCCUGCCACAUCAGAGAGGCCAUCCGGCGCUACGGCCACAGGAUCGGCCCCCUUUCCCCGUUCACAAGUGCCUACCGCCGGACUGGAAUGGCUUUUCUGGCCUGCUGAUGGGACCGUGACUGCGACAACAGGAAAGGCAGGGUUACAGGAGGUGAUUUCUGUGCCCCUCUUUGGACAAAGGAAAAUGCAAGCUUACCU